AAUAUAUGUAACUUAACUUUUCAAUAUAUUUAUCUUUACUCCUUUCACCGCAAAACUUAUACGAUAGGUAAAUUUCUCAAAAGUGAAGUGUGAAUUUCGAUAUGUGAUUCCCCAGCUAUAAGAAAAUAAUGAUAAUGACAUUGAAACUAGGUUCAGGUCACGACCAACCUCUUAAAUCCCAAAUUUCUUACUUUUGAAACUAGGUUCAGGUCACGACCAACCUCUUAAAUCCCAAAUUUCUUACUUUUGAAACUAGGUUCAGGUCACGACCAACCUCUUAAAUCCCAAAUUUCUUACUUUUGAAACUAGGUUCAGGUCACGACCAACCUCUUACCUCCCCAAUUUCUUACUUGGGUGGUGCAAGUACGCGUUUUUAGCGAAAAUAUAAAUUUGAGAUAUUGGAAAGAAAAGAAAUAUUAACGAUGCUUGAGCAAAUGCUUAUAAUAUUAUAAUAAGCACUCUACCUUCAACUAUAAAUACCAUAUUAGACUUCUCCUCUACCAUCACAUAUCUUUUGUAACACUAAUCUAUUUCCCAAACCACUUUUAAAAUAGUCUGGCAAAGUGGCAAUAGUUACAUAUAACCAUAUGAAGAAGUCUCACGUUUUGCUUCUUCUGCUUGUUCAAGUCAUUGUCCUCUUGCCUCUUCUUUGUUUAUCUGAUGACUUUGUUAGCUCUAGAGCUACUUAUUAUGGCAGCCCCGAUUGCAAAGGAAAUUCCCGAGGAGCAUGUGGGUAUGGAGAAUUUGGAAGAGAUAUCAAUGAUGGUGAAGUAAGUGGUGUUUCAUCUCGACUAUGGAAAAAUGGAGCUGGCUGUGGUGCUUGUUACCAGGUGAGAUGCAAAAUACCUCCACACUGCAAUGAGGAAGGAGUAUACGUAGUGGCUACGGACUAUGGAGAAGGAGAUGGUACGGACUUCAUCUUUAGCCCUAAGGCGUACGGACGUAUGGCUCGGCCCGGCACAGAGUUUCAGCUCUACUCUUUUGGUGUGGUUGACGUUGAGUACCAGAGGGUCCCUUGCCGGUACGGAGGGUACAAUCUGGUGUAUAAGAUCCAUGAGAAAAGCUAUAAUCCUCAUUAUCUUGCCGUCCUUAUCUUGUACGUUGGUGGUGUCAACGACAUCCUCGCCGUUGAAUUCUGGCAGGAGGAUUGCAAAGAGUGGAAACGCAUGAGGAGAGUGUUUGGAGCGGUUCAUGAUUAUCAGAAUCCACCAAGAGGCACUCUCUCUUUGAGGUUUUUAGUCUAUGGAAGCGCCGGUCUCAACUGGGUCGAAUCCCAGAACGCUCUUCCAGCAGAUUGGACCGCCGGAGCCACCUACAACUCCAACAUUCUACUUACUUAACUCUCUCUCUCUCGAUAGCCUGUUAUAUACGUAUGGUUUUCUCUAUGUAAUGGCUACAACAUAUUUCAAUAAUGCCUGUAGAGCUAGUAAGGAUAAUCAUCGUAGAUUCAUAUAACAAUGUACUGUGUCUAGUCAAGAAGAUUGUAAUGAUUUGUAAGGAUUUGGUUAGUGGAAUAAUCAAAUAAUGAUAAAACUUAACAAAAAGUUUCAUAUGCUCUUUUUAUCAUA